CGCACCCCGCCACCCCGGCAAGAUGCCCCGGGUAGACGCAGACCUCAAACUGGACUUUAAAGAUGUCCUGCUCAGACCUAAAAGAAGCAGCCUCAAAAGCAGAUCAGAGGUCGACCUCACGUGCACUUUCACCUUCCGCAACUCCAAGCAGACAUAUACAGGAAUUCCCAUUAUAGUGGCAAACAUGGACACUGUGGGGACGUUUGAAAUGGCCGUGGUUAUGGCAAAACAUGCAAUGUUCACUGCGAUUCACAAGCAUUAUUCUCUGGAAGAAUGGAAACUGUUUGCUGCCAAUCACCCAGAAUGCCUUGAGCAUGUAGCAGCAAGCUCAGGUAGUGGAAAAGCUGAUUUGGACAAGUUAACAAGUAUUCUAGAGGCCAUCCCACCUAUCAGAUACAUCUGCCUGGAUGUGGCAAAUGGCUAUUCGGAGCACUUUGUGGAGUUUGUGAAGUCUGUCCGUGCUCUGUUCCCACAUCACACCAUUAUGGCAGGCAAUGUGGUGACAGGAGAGAUGGUAGAAGAACUUAUUCUUUCCGGAGCAGAUAUUAUUAAAGUGGGUAUCGGACCAGGUUCUGUGUGUACCACUCGGAUUAAGACGGGGGUGGGCUAUCCACAGCUAAGUGCUGUUAUUGAGUGCGCAGACUCAGCACAUGGCUUGAAAGGACAUAUCAUCUCUGAUGGAGGAUGCAGCUGCCCAGGAGAUGUCGCCAAAGCGUUUGGAGCCGGUGCUGAUUUUGUCAUGCUUGGAGGAAUGUUUGCAGGCCAUGACCAGUGUGCUGGAGAGAUUAUGGAAAAGAAUGGCAAGAAAGUGAAACUCUUCUAUGGAAUGAGCUCUGAUACAGCCAUGAAGAAACAUGCAGGAGGAGUUGCUGAAUACAGGGCUUCGGAGGGCAGAACUGUGGAGGUACCGUACAGAGGGGAUGUGGAACUCACCAUCCUGGACAUCCUUGGGGGGCUGCGCUCCACCUGCACCUACGUGGGAGCUGCCAAACUCAAGGAACUGAGCAGGAGAACAACAUUUAUCCGGGUCACCCAGCAGCAUAGCCAGGUCUUCUCUUAGCCCAGGACUGGGAGGCUGGAGAGAGAGGGGUGGGGGAGAGGAGCAGGGAGGGCUGCUGUUUUGUUUUGCUUUCUCCUCCAUGUUGUGUUAGUGGCAAACUCUCCUCUCUCUCAGAAUGGCAGUGUCAUAGCCAUUGGAGGGGCUAUGGCUAGGAUUUGGAAGGGGAAGGUCGUGCUGUUAACACAGUGCCAUUGGUUCAAAAUGCAAUAGCCUCAUCUUUUAUUGUUGUGCCUAUUUUAUUUUUUAAUCAACAUUUCUUCACCUGUUUUUUUCCCCCCUCUGAUAAAUAGCUGCUGAAACCUCAAUUAACAAGGAAUUGGCUUGUACAGACAUGGCUGUUAUGCCUGCACACAUACACACAUUCCCUUUUUUUAAGACUGACCUGUCAGCUACCACUGCUUCUGGCAGCGCACCCUCCAGAAACUGCAGGCUGGGAGAGAAGAAGAUGCAAGGAAUUGCAUGGAGAAAUCAAAAAUCAAAUUCUCUUAAUCUUUGUUCUGGCAAAAGAAUGGAUGUUUGUGGCACAGCUGCCAGCCUGCAGACUGUCAGAGGUGGAUGAGGCCUGGUUACUGGUGACUUCUUACUGUGAUGAUAAAAAUGCCAGAUCUCUUUCACUCUCAGCUCACAGAGCUGGUACUGCCAUUCUUACUUCAAUCUCCCUAUUCAAUGGACUUGCCUCUCCAGAGAAGCUGGCAUUGAAUGUUGCAAACCCGUGCUGUCCCCCCUGCCCGCAUCUGUGGAGAUCAUUCAGGAGAAAACGUCUCGGAGCUUGCCUGCUUUUUUGUGCAUGCAGUUAUUGAGUUACCUGGGUUCCUGCUUUUACCUGCUCUCUGUGAACAGAUUUUUAAGACACUGAAAUUCAGCAACGGUAACCCCACCAAGGAGAGGUUUCUCUGCAGCCCUCCCUGUUCCCUUGCCUGCUCAUAUCCAUUUAGCAAAGACAUAAAAAUGCUGUGACGUGCAUUGUCUGUGGCCAGGUGAAUGAGGCCAGAGGGAUCAAAUUCACUUUUGGUUGUUUGGUACCACUCCUCUGCAGUCCUUGACACCGUGAAAAGCAAAUGGGAGCUUUCGGCAGGAUAGCCUGAUUGCAAGACACUGGUAGGCUGAGAUGGAGUUAAAGCAUUUGCUCUGAAGGCAGUAAUGAAUGUUUAAGACUCUGGGUAACACUUUAAUAAAGUGUAACGGCCCGCUAAUUAAUUGAUAAAUCACAAUGAAAUUUCUUUGGAAAUACACAUUGCAUCCACAUGAAUACCACAGUAGCUCGUUAUGAUAAAUGAUGUAAAAGUGAGCACCAAUGAAUUAAUAAUGCUUGGCCACUUACUUUAAAGUGCUGCUGAGAUUGUAAUACAGCUGAUGUUACAUCAGUACUUCAGAGUCUUACUUUCCCCUCCUGUAGAUAUCUGUAGAAAGAGGCAGGCUUCCUUUGAAAAGCGAGAGAGUGAUCUGUGGGAAGAGGAAUAGCAAAGAGAAACUCUAGAAUUAAGCUCAUAUGCUGGACUGCUCAGAAAGCCGUGCACAAGGAUUGGUACAAUUGGCCGCGCUGAGGAGCAAAUCUAGGCCACAGGCUGAUCCCUGGUGAUUUUGAAGUGUGUUGUGCACUUUAGAAAAAUCACAGAGUAUCUUCCAAAUAGCCUGGCAUUCUAAAUGUCUUCCAUUUAUCAUGUAGGACAUAAUUCUUAAUUGUGGUAUGACCCCUUCCUCUGCUUUGGAGGUGAAUUAGGGCCUUAAUGUGAGCACAGGUUAUGCUUGCGCUGGCUUUAAGGACCAUUUGUCCUGACCACGUAUCAUAAAGGUACCUGAACACAGACGAGCAGCAGGCCCUGUGAAUAAAGGAUCUGAUCUCUAAUCCCUCCAGCCUGAAAGCAUCAUGUUAAGAAGAUGCCAGGCUUCUUUAUCACAAAUCCUACUGCAGGCCAAAUACUGCUCUUGCCUGCACCGAGCCCAGGGUAUUAGUAAUACAGGCAGUAUUACUACUCCGCAUCAGUACGGCUGUAGGAGGUCACCGUUCCUUUAUUUACGUGGUGUGAAGGGUAGGGGUGCAAAGGCAGAUGGACACCUCCGUGAGGAGUAGGGUUAGACCAUCAUGUUGCAGGCCUGACCACAGGUGCGUCUCCACACUCGUGCCUUCGUACGUGGGAAGUGCAGCAGUCUGCUGGUCUCACGCCUACUCUCGCUAGCGCUUUUCUACUUUUUUUAGCUACAUUUCUAAAUGGAAUUUAAGAAAUACAUAUAUUAAAAAAAAUAUAUUUGUAAACAUUUUUUUAAAAAGAUCAUACGCACACUGAACAGAGCAGCUUCAUGGCAUGUCUUUGGAACAGUUUCUUUUCCAAAGGGCAGGCGCUGGGGACAAGGGGGGGCUGCCUCUCCACGGGUGUGGCAAGCAUGGAGCCUCCUCCCUGGGCAGGCUGCACACUUAGACAGCCAGCCUGGUCUGGGGCCACUCUUAACACCCGUUUUCCUUCCCCUUUCACACAUACCUCUGACUGACCAGUGACUAACAGGAAAGGAUGGGGAUAGGCCGAUUUUAAGUUGUCCCCCGAAUUCUCCAGGCUGUGAAUGACAUCGACACUAAGAAUAGUUACUGAUAAAGCUUUGACUUAGGGUAUUUGGUUUUCUAAAUAGCAGCUCUUACCAUCAUUUUGAUAAGCAGCGUGUUUUCUCCUUCUCUCUCCAAAGUGAGCGGGAGAGAGAAAUCGGCUGCAGAAAGGCUGAACUGGUGGCACGUCUGCAUCUCACCCAGCAUUACAUGCGGGUUUUGUUCAGGGAUAACCCUCAACUAUGUCAGCGCUCACCAUCUACACAGUACAUGUCCAGCUCUCAGACAGGCUGGAAAAUGGAAAAAAGAUGAGCUCGAGCCCUCCUUGAAGACCCAGUCCUGUGCUCUAGUAGUUGCCCUUACCUUCACUUAGCCGCAGGUCCUGUGCCCUGCUCAAGCCCGCUACCACUGUCACAAGGAACUGGGGGCAGAGAGGGAGUUGAGGGCGCGCUAUGCCUGGCAGGAUGGUCCAAGCAGAGACCACAACUACUGAUACAUGCCACGUACCAUUUGUGGAUCUACCUCACCUGCACGUUCAACCGGGUUCUCUGUUACUUGGUGUCCUUCUGUGGGAAGUGUCAUUCAUAAGCGCUUAGUGUUGGGUGAUUGUGCAUAACCUGGUCUUCUUUAACCCUACCACCCCAACCCCAUCCUGUCUAGAGGAACACUGUGAAUGUGCUAACCUGCGCUGUAGGCCAAGGUCAUACCUGCUUCCCCCAGCCAGGCAACUGUAGAGCACCUAAGAGCAAUGUUGAGGUUCGGCCCACUGGUUCUGCAGUGAUUUAGUUUAACAUACCAAAGACUUACAAGCAGGGAUGCUGAAAAGGGCAACAUUACAUCAUUAAAGCAAUCCCUGCUGAGCGUGUCCAUCUCUGGCUUCUUGAAACAUAAGGACACGUAGAACACCCCCGCUGCUCCCAGUCUCAUUCUGGAGUCGCCUUGCUGCAGCAUGUUUCGCAGGGUGGGCUGGUUGGCCCUCCUACCCACGCAGCCUGGCUUACCUGAACUCUCCCCGGGGAGGAAGGUCUUGGCACAGCAGCAGCCUCGCUUACGCCUGAGUGACUAUGUGGUGGCUGGGGGGAGCGCACGUGUAGACCCCUCGUAGGCGGGAGGCCAGCCUGUUAGAGGAGUGGGUCUUGAGCCAGCAUCCUGCCAGAUGCAAACCAAGCCACACAGGUCUCCUUUCUCUGAAAGAAACAAGUGCGCACACCUAGCGAGUGCAUGCCUCCCCCCUGGCCCCGGCCCGGGCUUAUUGGCACAGCCGGCUCGCCCCCAUCGGCCAUGGGGGAGGGGCUUUGGCUGUGCUCUUCUGUGCAGCUUUCUUCUCACCUUAGGGCAUGGGGGGAGUUGAAUGUAGGAUGGGGCCACCCUGUAAACAUGAAAAGUUGUCAGCAGGGGCAGGAGAAGCCUCUGCUUACACUUGGAGGAGCUUUUCCCAUACAAAGCAUGCCUCUGUCUUCCUUUCAGCUAGUCAAUAGCAGGGGGAGAAAGGAUGGAGGUGAGCGAGAAACACGGCAGCGGUUAGCCAAGCCCCACUGUGUUGGGACAGGGGGCUGGUGUUUUCCAGUCACGGACACAUUGUGUUUGAAGCCUUUUCUGAACUAAGCACUCCCUCGUUGACACCUGUUGAGCUCCACCAUCUUGAACAGACCUGCUGCUACAGCUUUCUGCCAGUGUAGGUACAGUGUCUGUCCAUCACCGCCUCCCACCCCUCCACCCGGGGGAUGUUGCUUUUUAGUUGCUAUUACCAGUUUUAUAUCAAGAGUUCUCCGCUGGAGCCAGGAGGGCUUUUGUAACAAGUGCCAGGUUUGGCCUUGCUUGUGUAGAAGAGAGAAAAAACCAAAAGCCAAGGCCCGAGAACAGCAGUUCGCUUUCCGCAGCAGCCAGAGCCAGCAGGCAGGAGAGGGCCGGGCCCUUCCCUGCGGGCUGGGAGCUGCCUGGGGGCGGAGGGGCGAAAGCGAGUCUCGGGUAGAUGCCGGCACAGCUCUGCGCCUCUAAACACAGCAUGGACCACCCGCCCCUGCAGCCUUCGCUUCGCUUGUGGUCAUUCAGAUGUUUAAGCGAGCCCUCCCCAGCGUUUACUUGACACAAUGUUUACUGGUUGAAGUUUUCAUACAGAAAUAAGUAAUUCAGAGUCCAAAACUCCUUGGUGUUGCUUGCAAUAACUGUGAAGCGCUUCUGCGUAAUCGGCCGACAAGAGCUGAUGAGCGUUCCAUGUUUCCCUGCCCCAGCUGGCCCAGCUGAGAUGGCAGCGAGGAGCACUGCCUCCCCUCGUGUGUAGCAACCGCCUGUGCGCAACGCCUCUGGCGCAUGCGGCACGAUCAUUUUAAGUGUUCAAAAGUUGUAAAUGGAAGGUUUUUGUUACUCAAUAAAGAGCUUCACUCUGAUGGUCUGGAGAGGGUUUUAUGGCCAUGGAUGGGUACGUGCGCGUUUCUGCGCCGUGGCGAAUAAAAGCAAACGCUCUGAAAUGCAUUGCCGAUGGGGGGGUGUUAAAUUGGGCAAAUUACUCCCCUAGGAAAGCUCUCUCACAUUCAGUCGUAACGCAUAAAGACAGAACACGCAUUUGCAAUUGGCACUGUUAUUUUAUUAGUACGAGUAUACUGAAACAAUAAACUUGUACUGGUAUACAGACAAUUUCUUUAAAACAAUUUUGUUCAAAUUUUGAAUCAAACAUUGUUUUAUUAUAAUAAUGAAAUAAUUUCUACCUAGAAAACCUGCAAGCACCAUCAAAGAAAGGGACCAUAAAAUUCAAUAAACAGACGCGAGUGUAUCCUACAAAUAGACACACCACCAUUAGAAAAUAGAAUAUGAAUUCUUCCAUUUUUUUUAAUAUUUGUUUUAAAAAAGCUAGUGCAAGUACAAUAUUUUACAAUGGAAUUACAGAGAGUAUGCACGCAUAUGGAAAAAAGUUCUCCUGUCACAAUAAAAGCUCUUAACUAUGUCUGUAUGCACUUAAAAUCUUCUCCUCUUUUCAAUAAGGUGCAAAACGUUAUUCCCUCCCUAUUUCUCCUUUGUACUGGCCAUGUCAGCUCGAUUUCC